CUCUUUUCCGGUCGCUAUCCUCGCGUGCGCCGCGAAGAUUCAAACGGAAACAGAAAUGGCGGCGCGGGCUAAACAACCCACAGACGGCAUGAAAAGUCUCAACGAUACGUUUCAAACGUUCAGCGUGGACUCCAGCGUCGUCGAGGACAGGCUGUUUCGUCCCAAUGUAACGGUGACUAAAGAAGAGGACGACGACGACGACGGUCCGGUGGUGUUCAUCUGCAUCAAAUGCAAGUUGCCCGUCGGGGAUUCCUUGUCGUGGGACAUCAGCCAAGAUGGACAAACUCACAUUCAGCUCAAGCGAGUCACCAACAACGUCCUGGUCACUAAGGAGACUCGUCUGCAUGAAUCCAGCAAAGGUUGUCUUUGUCUGAUCGUGGAUUUGUUGUGUGUGGGAUGCCGCACAGUUCUCGGGAUGAUCUAUAGGUCUACGCCCAAGAAGUUGGACCACAAGAGAUACACCUUCUGCUUGAACGUGGCCCGCAUUGACAGUUACCUGCUGGGCUCGGCAAGCCAGAAGUUGUCAGCAGAGGGCCCCAAAGAGCAGCUGGUGACCCUCGAGUACAGAAGCCAGGUUGAGCAAUUGCUGACUGAGAUGAAGAUGAUGGUUGUUUCCAUGGCGCGGCAUGUGGAGGAGCUGCAAAGCGCUGCUCAGGACAAGGCCUGAGCGCGUGGCAAGCCCAAAAGCACGCCCGCUCUCCUCCUCCUCCUCCUCCUGGAGGGCAAAUCGCGUUCGUCAGCACAUCGGACCUCCUUUGAGGUGUAUUUUCUUCUCCAGCGUGCAUGUUUGUGCGUACACGUUUUCAUCAUGAGAGCUUGUGUUUUGGUUGCUUUGUGUUUGUUAUUCAGUUGUUAAGCAAAUAAAGUGUCUUUUGUCUUAUAUAUAUAUACCUGCGGUCACCAAAGUUUUUGCCCCUGGGCCCCAUUUCAAAAUAAAACGAUUGUCGGACUUGAA